UAAUGAGACUCACCCUUGUCUAAUUUCCAAAUUGUAAUUCAAUUUAUUUUCAUAAUGAUUACCUUGAAUUUGUAUCAAGCAUAACACAUUUAGGAAUUAAAAAGAGCUUAGGUGGAAAUUCCAUAUGUUAAGUGGCGUGGGGUCUUUCAAUUUCUUCGGCAUAUUUUCUUUGUCAAUAUGAUCAACACUUCAUUGUCAAUUUUAUCGCCGAGGACGCCGAGUGAUGAUAACGUCUCUUCGUUUCUCAUCGACAAAAACCAAUUAAGAAAUUUAAAAAAUAAGAUUUUAUAACAAGACGCUACUGACAUGAUAAGUGAUAACGUCAAAAGUAGAAUGAAAAUGAAUAGGAAACUCCAAACCGAAUACUUACUGAAUAACAUUAUUGAUAACGAGUUCCAAUCCAUGCUGUUUCCGUUAGGCUUUGUCCCGUCUUUCUUCUUAAUGUCCCAGUUUAGUGUCAUUAAUAAUUUCAUCACUCCCGAAACCCGUUUGUCGUCCUGUAUCAAAUCAUUUAUCGGUUCUAUUAUUAUGGUGUUAAGUCACUUCUUUCGUUUUUUCUAUUAUACUGAGGCUUUUAAACGUUCUACCAGUGAUGUUGUUAUUUUUCUUUUCUAUUUUGAUUUAAUAUUUUUCUCUAUAAUAUCAAUUAUCACCCACAUUGUCAGUUCAUAUCAGAGAACUAAUGUUGUUGAGCUUAUUAUUACAUUGCAACAUGUGCUCAAUUCUAUUAAAAUUGACAAAAUAAAAUUCUUUUCCAAGCACAAGAACCACAAUUGGUACAGCAUCUUGAUGGUUUUUAGUGUCUACGUUUUUCAUUGCCUUUUUGCUAGUCAACAUUUUAGAUUUCUUGAUCUAUUGGUAAAUUUCACAUUGGCAGUACCAAUGUUAAUUUAUGAUAUGCAUGUAGUUACUGUUACUCGUACUGUUGUUAUGAUAAAAAACGAGCUACUCGCCUGGAAUCAUAUAAUGGAAGAAUAUAAAAAUAUAUACAUCACACCUCAAGAAGAUAUUAUUAAUGUCACUGUCUCGGAAAGCGAAAUGUUCGAUGUAUACGUGAAUGUGAUAAAAGCAUUUAGUUUAUGCAAUAAAGUGUACCAAUUUUCGUAUCAACAUUUGAUGAUGGGUAUUCUGUCCGUUGUUUGGAAUAUGAAGGGUUUUUUGCUAAUGGUGGUAUUAAGCAUCGCCUGUGAAAACUUUUAUAGAUCUACGGAAAUAGCUGAAAGUUCUUGCGCCCAACUUUUGAGAUACAGUAAAUCUGCCGAUAUGCGCAAGACUUGCAAGAACGUGUUGCGGCUGAACCGCGCGUCGCUGUGCAAGAUGUCGGCGUUCGGCGUGUUCGAACUCGACGCAACGUUCCCGCUGCGGCUGCUCAGCGGACUCGUGACUUACAGCGUCGUGUUACUGCAGUUCGCCUUCUUGUCGACCUAGAAACUACUAGAAAUGCUGGUUUAUUUGACUUUAGAAUUUCAAAAAUUCCUUAUAUAACGCAGGGUUAAGUUUGGAUUGCUGGGUUUCCUUGGGUUAACUUUAUGUUUGUA